AUGCAGUCCACGAAGAGUUUAACCUUCAAGGUGUCGAGAAAAAACCCCGAGCUGAUCGCGCCGGCAAAGGCGACGCCUCACGAAUUCAAGCUCCUCUCCGACAUCGACGAUCAAGAUGGCCUCCGCUUCCAAAUUCCGGUGAUUCAGUUCUACCGCUCCCAGGAAGGCAAGGGCAUCAUGGAUCCCGUGAAGGCGAUCCGUGACGCCGUUGCCAAGGCUUUGGUUUCGUACUACCCUUUCGCCGGGCGACUGAGGGAACGCGCGGCCCGGAAGCUGGUGGUGGAGUGCACCGGAGAGGGCGUCAUGUUCAUCGAGGCCGACGCGGACGUGACGCUCAAGCAGUUUGGAGAGGCUCUUCAUCCGCCGUUCCCAUGUUUGAAAGAGCUGCUUUAUGAUGUUCCUGGAUCAACCCAACUCCUCAAUUGCCCCCUCUUGCUGAUUCAGGUUACUCGACUGAAAUGCGGAGGAUUCAUCUUCGCAAUCCGCCUGAAUCACACAAUGAGCGACGCGUUCGGACUCGUCCAAUUUAUGUCAGCGGUCGGCGUACUCGCCUGCGGCGCCGAGGCCCCUUCCAUCCCACCGGUCUGGGAGCGACACCUCCUCACCGCACGCGACCCGCCGACUGUGACGCACAUGCACCGCGAGUACGACGACGUCAUUCCAGACGCCAAAAAAGGAGCUCCCACCCCACCCCAAGACAUGGCGCACCGCUCCUUCUUUUUCGGCCCAGCCGAGCUCUCUGCUCUUCGCAGCCUCCUGCCUCCCCACACGCGCCGCAACAGCUCUACCUUCGAGCUCCUCGCAGCCUCCCUCUGGCGCUGUCGCACAAUCGCCAUCUCGCCAGACCCCAAGGAUGAGGUCAGAUUCAUGUGCAUCGUGAACACUCGGCGCCGAUUCAGUCAGCCACUCCCAGCCGGCUACUACGGCAACGCCUUCGCUUUCUCAGUCGCGAUAGCAACUGCAGGAGACUUAUCGACGAGACCGCUGGAUUUCGUGGUGGGGCUGGUGAAGAAGGCCAAGGACGAGGUGACGGAGGAGUACAUGAGGUCGCUGGCGGAUGUGAUGGUGAUUAGGAACCGCCCGCAUUUCUCUGUGGCGCGGACCUACCUGGUGUCGGAUGUGAGGCACGCGGGCUUCAGAAAGGUGGAUUUCGGGUGGGGAAAACCGGUUUACGGUGGACCGGCGGAGGGCGGGGUCGAUGAGAUUCCUGGAGUGGUGAACUUUUACAUUCCUUUUAUGAAUAACAAGGGCGAGGACGGAGUGUUGGUUCCAAUGUGCUUGGCGGCGAAUGCCAUGGAAGUGUUCGUCAAAGAGCUCGAGGGGAUGUUACAAGGUGUCGAUGCGGUGGCUGGCCGGAAAAAGGGGGUGUUCAUAGGGUCGGCUAUGUGA